UGGCCAGACAAUGUGGCUGUGGUGGUCCCCAGCUGCUCCUGGUGCUGGCAUGGGUGACGGUCACGGGGUGGCCGUGCUCGAUGCGUGGUGUUCCCCUCCAUGGCGAGCUCGGGAGCGUUUUGCAACAGUGCAAACGGGGACAAGUGCUGAGCAUCCGGGGAGCGCAGGAAGAGGAGCCCACGGACCCGCAGCUGAUGCGGUUAGACAACAUGCUGCUGGCCGAGGGGGUGGCGGGCCCCGAAAAAGGAGGAGGCUCGGCCGCCGCCGCCGCCGCCGCCGCGGCAUCAGGAGGAGCCGGCUCUGACAACUCGGUGGAGCACUCCGAUUACAGAGCCAAACUCUCCCAGAUCCGGCAGAUCUACCACACGGAGCUGGAGAAGUACGAGCAGGCCUGCAACGAGUUCACCACCCACGUGAUGAACCUGCUGCGCGAGCAGAGCCGGACCCGACCCAUCUCGCCGAAGGAGAUCGAGCGGAUGGUGAGCAUCAUCCACCGCAAGUUCAGCUCCAUCCAGAUGCAGUUGAAGCAAAGCACGUGUGAAGCCGUCAUGAUCUUGCGCUCCCGAUUUCUGGACGCACGGCGGAAGAGACGAAACUUCAACAAGCAGGCUACGGAAAUCCUGAAUGAGUAUUUCUAUUCCCAUCUCAGCAACCCUUACCCCAGUGAGGAAGCCAAAGAAGAGCUAGCCAAGAAAUGCGGCAUCACAGUCUCACAGGUAUCAAACUGGUUUGGAAAUAAGAGAAUCCGGUACAAGAAGAACAUAGGUAAAUUUCAAGAGGAAGCCAAUAUUUAUGCUGCCAAAACGGCUGUCACGGCUACCAAUGUGUCAGCCCAUGGAAGCCAGGCUAACUCACCCUCAACUCCCAAUUCAGCUGGUUCUUCCAGUUCUUUUAACAUGUCAAACUCUGGAGAUUUGUUCAUGAGCGUGCAGUCUCUCAAUGGGGAUUCUUACCAAGGGGCCCAGGUUGGAGCCAACGUGCAGUCACAGGUGGAUACCCUUCGCCAUGUUAUCAGCCAGACAGGAGGAUACAGUGACGGACUCGCAGCAAGUCAGAUGUAUAGUCCGCAGGGCAUCAGUGCUAAUGGAGGUUGGCAAGACGCUACUACCCCGUCGUCGGUGACCUCCCCCACAGAAGGCCCUGGCAGCGUUCACUCUGAUACCUCCAACUGAUCUCCCAGCAAAUUGCAUCCCUGGCUGAGCCGGCCCCGGCGGGGGCGGGAGGGGAGGGGGCCUCUCCUAACACCGCAGCAGUCAGACUGGAGGUGAAACCAAUCAGCACACACAAGAAGACUCCUUCUCUUCUCUUCUCUUCGUCGGGAUGCUUUUUUCAGCCAAUCUGGACACUUCUUUAUACUCUCUUCCCUUUCUUUUCUGGGUAGAAGCCGCUCUCCCCCCGCCCCUUGCCACCGCCACAACACCCCCCCCCCCCCCCCCCCCCCCCCACCUACGUCUU